AUGUCCGUACCGGUCGUAGAGAAGCCCGAAGAUGGCCUGGAUUUGUCCAAGGCCGAGUCCAAUCGUCAAGGCGAAGUUAUAUCCGACAACGAGCUCCAUCGUGACUUGAAACCACAUCAGGUCUUCAUGUUCUCUAUUGCCUGUGCAAUUGGAACUGGCCUGGUCAUUGGAACUGGCCCUGCGUUGACCAAGGGCGGCCCGGGAAGUCUGCUCAUCGCAUAUAUUCUGAUGGGCGCUGCAGUCUUUUUCGUCAUGACGGCUCUUGGCGAGAUGGCCGCUUUCCUACCAAUGAACAAAGGGUUUGGUGGCUACGCAACUCGCAUGGUCGAUCCGGCGCUUGGUUUUGCCACUGGCUGGAAUUACUUUAUCAAAUACGUCGUCGUUCUUCCGACAAACUUAACCGCUGCCGGGUUAGUCAUCCAGUAUUGGAGGCCUGACCUUAAUGUUGCCAUUUGGAUUGCUGUGUUUGGGGCUGUUGUUGUCUUCAUUAACUUGCUGCAUGUCAACACUUUUGGGGAAACUGAAUUUUGGUUUGGAUUCAUCAAAAUUCUAGUUAUGACUACCCUUAUCUUGACUUGCCUAGUUGUUUCACUCGGCGGAGCUCCAAACCACUUUCGGUCUGGGUUCUAUUACUGGCAAAGCCCAGGAGCAUUUGCCAAAUAUCUUUUGGAUGGCCCAAAAGGAUAUUUCCUUGGUUUCUGGGCAAGUGUCUGCCAGGCCUUGUUUGCCUUCAUUGGUUGCGAAGUUGUAGGAAUGACCUUCGGCGAGACCCCGAACCCUCGAAAGAACAUCCCAAAGGCCGUCAACCAGACCUUUUGGCGUAUUACAGUCUUCUAUAUUCUCGGUGUGUUGGUACUAGGCAUGGCCGUUCCAUACAACGACCCUCAGUUGCUGGGAGCGACGAAACAAUCUACAAGCGCUGCUGCUUCUCCUUUCGUUGUUGCCAUGAACGUCGGUAGAAUCAAGGUCCUCCCGGACAUUAUCAACGCUUCUUUACUUGUCUUCACACUAAGCGGCGCAAGUUCCGAUAUCUACUGUGCAUCCAGAUCCCUUUAUGGAUUGGCCAGAGAUGGUCAAGCACCUCAAAUAUUUGCCAAAACCGUCAAGAGCGGGAGUCCAAUUUACGGCGUUGCUAUUUCUGCCUGCUUUAUCGCACUCGGUUUCAUGAACGCUUCCAAGUCUGCAUCAACAGUAUUCGGCUACUUGGUCAGCCUGGUCACAAUCUUUGCGGUUUGGAACUGGGUCGCCUUGCUCGUGUCUUACAUCAGCUUUCGCCGUGCACUAAAGGCACAGGGAAUUUCUGUAAAGGAACUUCCCUAUGUCGGACUUUUGCAACCUUAUGGGGCGUAUUAUUCUUUGUUCAUUUGCAUUCUAAUUAUCCUUUUCAGCGGAUACGAUGCGUUCAUUCCUUACUUCAAAGCGGAUAUUUUCGUGUUAAAGUAUAUCGGCACUGCCAUUUUUCUCCUCAAUAUUACAUGGUGGAAGAUCUUCAAACGCACAAAAUGGGUGAGACCUGAAGAUGUGGAUUUGGUGACCGGUCGACGAGAGUAUGGUGAAAGAGAGAGCCCCACCGACAACGAUUGGAAUACGGGGUUUUGGAAGACCUUCAUCGCUCGGCACAAGAAAUAG